UGUCAUCCAGUUCCCUGCCUCGGAGAUAAAGAUUCCAGCUACAUGGGCAAACGCCUGGAUCAGCCACAAAUGUACCCUCAGUACACUUACUACUAUCCUCACUAUCUCCAAACCAAGCAGUCCUAUGCACCAGCUCCCCACCCCAUGGCUCCUCCCAGCCCCAGCACAAACAGCAGCAGCAACAACAGCAGCAACAACAGCAGCGGGGAACAGUUGAGUAAAACCAACCUGUACAUUCGAGGCCUCCCACCAGGCACCACUGACCAGGACCUAAUCAAGCUGUGCCAACCGUAUGGGAAAAUUGUAUCGACAAAGGCAAUUCUUGACAAGAACACAAAUCAGUGCAAAGGUUAUGGUUUUGUGGAUUUUGACAGUCCCGCGGCAGCCCAGAAAGCGGUAGCAUCUCUCAAGGCCAAUGGGGUGCAGGCACAGAUGGCCAAGCAACAAGAGCAAGACCCAACAAACCUAUACAUCUCAAAUCUCCCCAUUUCCAUGGAUGAGCAGGAACUUGAGAAUAUGCUGAAACCCUUUGGACACGUCAUUUCUACAAGAAUACUAAGAGAUGCUAACGGAGUCAGCCGAGGCGUUGGCUUUGCCAGAAUGGAGUCUACUGAAAAAUGUGAAGUGGUAAUUCAACAUUUUAAUGGAAAAUAUCUGAAAACACCACCUGGCAUCCCAGCCCCUAGUGAGCCUUUACUGUGCAAAUUCGCUGAUGGAGGACAAAAGAAGAGACAGAAUCAAAGCAAAUACACCCAGAAUGGAAGGCCUUGGCCCAGGGAAGGAGAGGUACUGAGAGGCAGGACUGUCCCUAGGCAAAAUCAUGAAGCUGGCAUGGCUCUGACCUAUGACCCCACAGCUGCCAUACAAAAUGGAUUUUAUUCUUCACCGUACAGUAUUGCAACCAACCGCAUGAUUCCACAGACAUCUAUCACGCCAUUCAUUGCUGCUUCCCCUGUCUCCACAUACCAGGUCCAGAGUACUUCAUGGAUGCCUCAUCCGCCAUACGUUAUGCAACCAACAGGUGCUGUGAUUACGCCGACAAUGGACCAUCCAAUGUCAAUGCAGCCAGCAAACAUGAUGGGCCCCCUGACACAACAGAUGAACCAUCUUUCAUUGGGCACAACAGGAACGAUUCAGUCCCAAGACAGGAUUAUGAUACUCCACCAGCUGUUGUGUCAGUAUAUGACUGCUGCUGCUCCUAUGCAAGGGACCUACAUUCCCCAGUACACGCCUGUGCCUCCGUCAGCUGUUUCUAUUGAAGGUGUUGUUGCUGAUACCUCUCCCCAGACAGUGGCACCUUCAUCCCAGGACACCAGUGGUCAGCAGCAACAGAUAGCAGUGGACACAUCCAACGAACAUGCAUCUGCAUAUUCUUACCAACAGUCUAAACCAUAAACAAGACUGAAGAAUGUCUGUCCGAAACUUUGCCUUGAAUGAAGAGACUUCAUUGAACAAGAAGUUGGCUUCCAGUUUGCACAGGCGUCCAUGGAAUGCUUUUCUUUUUUAAUUUUGUACUUUACCCAAUGAAAACAAAGCGUUUUGUGUGCUGUGCAAAUGGGUCCUUCAUGUGGUCUGACAGUUUAUUUUUUUGCCAUCAUUUUUUAAAGUAAAAAAAAAAAAAUCCCAGAAGAGGAAAAACAACAGAAACAAAACAUGGAAGUCUGACAUUUGAUCUGGAAGAACAUUUGAAGUCAGAAUUGACCAGAAGGUGUAGAUAGAUUUUUUUUUCCUUUUUCUUUUUAACAGAAAAUCGGAUGUCAAGAGGUGGGCAAGCAGAAAUGGAAAGAAAUUGUCUUCCUCGGUAAUUAAGCUACUCUCUUAUUUUUUUUCCUUCUUGUUUAAAUAUGGGUUGUUUUUUUACUUUUUUUCUUAGAAAUAUUUAGGUAAGGUUUAUCUUGAAUCUUAAUUGCCUUAAUUUUAAGGACGUCAAAGGCUCUCGAGGCAAGCUGUCAACGUCUUGUUAAAAAAAUCAAGAAAGAAUUGAAAUAUUGUGCCAGCUUUCACUGGUACAAAAGCUUAAGACUGAGUUUUUAGGGUGAAAAAAUACUGUACAGUUUAAAAGAAAAUGUUUUUCUUCAUUUGAAGAAAAUUUGUUGAUAAAGAAACCAUGGCAACUGCGAGAAAUGGAAAAAUGCUGGGACUUUUCAUGAACUUUGUCUUAAGUGUUGACCCAUUCGAGAAGGCUAAAACAUUUUAUGGUAAAGUUAUUAAGGUUGGUUUAAAAAAAACACAAAAACAACUGCAUUAGAAAUAAUGCGUGUUUGGGGGACAGAAUGCAGAUUUUUUUAAUUUACAAAGCGUGAUUGCUAGCAAAAGCAUUAGUGCUUUUUAUCUGCAGUCUUUUUUAUGAGCUUUACAAAGUUUUUAGUCAGCUUUGCUUGUCACAUUGCAAAACCUAGCUUAAGAGCAUUUAAAAAAAAGAAACAAAAAAAACAAGUAGAUAGCAGCUUACGGUCAAAAGUGCAAAACAAAACAAAAAACAAAAAAAAAAAGCAAUAGAUAGAGAAAUUGUUGACAAUUUCUGUAGUCUUUCCUAGUUGUGAUCAAAUUCAGCCUAUGGAUGGCCUAUUUUAUACCAAAGAUGAAGUGGCACCCUAUUGCAGUCCAGAAGAUAGAGGUCAUUUUUCUUUACUUUUCGUUAAAAAAUUUUUUUAUUUGACCUACAUGGCUGGACCAGUUCUUACUUUGUUUAAACUACCUUCCACUGGUGUUUUACAUACUGCAAGAAAAAAAAUUAUUUUUAACAUUUGUUGUUAGUAGAAGCUUGCACCUGCUGUGUUCAGCAGUUUCAGCAUGCAGAGUUCUGGAUACCAACUGACAGAGCCAAAUGGCUUUCAAUUCCAUGAGCUUUGCCAGUUCCUUGCUAGCUCCCUUGAAUAGUGAAUCCUAUAUGGAUGGCCACCAGUAAGCGAAGACACUUUAACAGGUUGAAAUUUCUUUUUGUGAAUUUUGAACGAAAGACACUUUCUGAACCUGGUCUGAAGGGUCACUUGUCCAAAAAAGAAAAAAAAACUGCAUAGUGAUAUUCUGUUAAGUGGUGAGUGGUCUCUGGAAAAGGUCUCAUUGUAUUAGUAACAAUAGUCUUCCUUCUAGAUUCCAACACCUCUUGAUUUUGUCUUUGCACCUUAGUCUUUGUUCUCAUCCACAAUGAAUAGGCACCUUGAUUCUGCAGGGGGGAAGGGGUAUCUUCUUUUUGCCUUUUUUUUUCCAUUAUAUUUUCAUAUCUUGGUGUUGUCAGAAGAAAGACAAAAUAGACCUUUGUACUUCAGUUUAACUCUCUGAGACAAGUAGGACCAAUAAGAUUGAGGGUUCUAUUAGUGGAAUUUAGGUAAGCUUUUAAAAAUGCUAGUUGACAAUCAAGAAAUUAUGGUUUAUAUUAAUAAAAACCAAAACAAUUGGGUUUGAUCAAUCUCUAAAACCAAAGGAGAUAUAUUUGCAUUGAGAAUGAUUCAAAGCUUUUUCUAAAGUGAAUUAAAUUGAUGGAACAAACAUCACUGCAUAUUUGGUUCAUGAAACCCAUAUUCAACCUACACUGUUUUACCUGAAAGUAAGGACAAUGAACCUUUGUUAAUUGGACCAUGCCUAGAAUUGCUUUUUGAAAGAAUCUUUAGAAUUUAAGUAGAACUCUUUUCACAAACUAAGUCAUAGGAACCUGUUUUAGUCUAGAAUAAGAGGGAAAUGCAUUAAGUGCACUGUAAAAGAAAGCAGAGUUGGCUUUUAAAAACUAUUAAAAAACUUAAAAGAUAAAUCUUUUCUCCUUUAUAUCAACAUGGGUAAUGAGUUUGAUUUACAUGAAAGUGUCAAUAUUUCACCCUUUAUGACCUACAAACAGAAGCCGAGUGUUGAAAUAGAUCUGGUUCUCUUAUUUGCAACACCAUGUAUUGGAAACUCAAAUUUAGAGAGUGACUCCAUGUCUUUGUGAUCAAAUUAUAGGCAAAAAUAUAUCCAAGAAAACGUAACAUGCUACAGAGAAAUUUGAACUGGUCACACCCAUCCUUAUGGUUUUCCAUGCUUUAGAGAGAAUCCUACCAUGUUUCCCCAAAAAUAAGACAUCCCUUGAAAAUAAGACCUAGCGCAACUUUGGGAGAAAAAAUUAAUAUAAGACACUGUCUUAUUUUCGGGGAAACAGGCUAGUUUCCUACUUCCUUCUGUUCCAUACUUCAGCCUCUCCUGUAUUUUAAGGGUGGCACUGAAAUCUUAUCUUUGAGAAUUGGGCCCCUAUGUUUUAAGGGGUAUAAGCAGACCAUGUAUGGGAACUGUAUUUUCUCUUUCUUUUUUUUUCACUCUCUGAACUCUUUGUAUAAAUAAGGAUUAUCAUGGGCAUAAUUCAUUUGAAUAUGAAAACCAACAUGCUUUCUUUUGUUUAUGUAAAAAAAAAAAAGUGAUACAAAGAAAGUCUCAUUUACACAACCAACAAUGAGGCUAAGAGGUAGCUACCAUGUGGCUGAUGAAUGUGCCUAGGUAACUUCCUGUUUCUAUUCAAAACUACUGCUUUAUUUAUACAUUCAGAAACAUUUUUUUCAACUAUAAAAUUUCAAUGAUCUCAUUUUUUUAAGCCACUUCAGGCAAAAGGAAAUUACCUAUAAUUUUAUGUAUCCAUGUGUGUUUUGUGUUUAGAUUUUUUAUAUCAUGCCAUUCUAUAAAAUACCUUUCCAUUCUAUAAAAUACCUUCUUUCAAGUCAAAAAAAAAAAAAUGGCACACAUUCAAAUUUGCAUCUGUCAUUUUGCCUAGUAAUUGUUUUUUAAGAAUCAUGUCUGGGGAGGGGCGGGAGCAGGAAGCAUCAACAGGUAAGCAGCAUUACAUUGUAUUAAAAAUAAAACAACCCAAAAUCUGUGUUCAGUAUAAGCAAACAUCAGAAUCCUAAUUUCAUCAACACUAGUUACGGAUAUUUUUAUCCUAUUUAGGUCUGUAAUAUUUUUUUUUUUUUUAACUAUUCUAGUUCACCAAGUUUUCAAGCAUUUAUUUCGGUGUUCAGUUUUUCAUUGCAAUUUUAAAUGCCAACACACCCUAAACAUUAGAAAACUCAUCCAAACUCUAGUAAACAAGAACACUGGAGGAGGAUGGUUGUUUUCUUUUUGUUUUAAAUAGUAAGAUGUUGUCAGGUGUGGCCAAGUAUGCCUAGUCACUGGGGGCUCCUCAGUGCAUGGCCAGUCUCUUGAAGACAAAAUGGACCCUAUGGGAACUCAGUAUGAUAUUGGCAGGGGCUGAUGACUGUCCUUGAACAUUGCCAUGUCUUGAAUAUUGAAAGUGACAUAAUAAUGUAAAAAAACCAAACCAAACAAAAAAAAACCCUCUAUCUGACUCCAGUUUGGUCAAGGUUAGUUUGUUUCCCUGGUAGAUUUCAAUUGUUCAGGUGUUGUCUCCAUGCUUCACUUGAAUCAAUUCUUCCUGUGACCUUAAUGGAUCUGCCACACUUGACAGCAUAUAAGACUCACCUUCAACCUUUUCUAAUGAAAAACUAUACGGUGUUAAAAGCACUCACUCUAGAGCAGGAAGGCUGAGAGCAGCAGGUGGAUAAAUGAAAUCGGAAGUUCACUGUAUCCACAGAAUACAUCAAUCUUUUGCAACAUUGCUUUAAGAUUAUUUUCCAUUCAUGUAUGACCCCCCAAAAAAUACUUCUAUUUUCCCCCCCAAAAGCAAAACCACUUGAUUUGAAUAAUUGGGAUGCCAUUAAAUACCUAUGUACCUUUUACAAUGGUCUAAAAUCUCCAUUAGUGAAAAGUGAGAUUUGAUUUAAAUAGGACUUUUGCAGUCUUCUUCACGAUUGAGGAGUUUCAAUGUGCUGUCUGGACAGAUUAUAAUGUUAGUAGGAGACUAAAAAUACAUUUGACAAUUGAGUCUCAUGCUUCAUUUGAGCACACAAACCACUGCAGAUGAGCUGAUAAGCAGAGAAAAAGUCUUUAAGUGGGUUUCAGUGACAAAUGUGUUCAUGUGAUAUAAAAGCAAAUGAAAGGGUAAUAUUUAUGUACGUGCAGUACAAUACUCAGCACUUUUGAGGGUCACUUCAAAACAACGUUAAAACAUAUCAUGGAGCCCUUGAUCUGUAGUAUCUUGUCCACAGUAGGAAGUAAAGGAUGAGAUUUUGUUUUUGUUAUUGUGGCUGGCAUGCUUCCAAAUUUGGAGUUCCCUGGGACUGACAGCCUCUCACCGCAAUCAGAGGGACUGAUGUAAUUGAAGCAGGCUCAUUCAUUCUGCACACUAACCCCUUCCUGUGGCAGAGUGAUAGUGGCAUUUCAUUAAUGAAUCAAUUCAUUUUACAAAUGACAUCCACUGUGGCAGUGGAGGACAGUUGAGUCUAACAAAUUUAACAAUUUUCACCAAAUAUAUUUAAAUAUGUAAUUAGUCUUUUCAUCCAAAUGCUCUUUGUCAUGGCUGUCCUUUGUAAAUGACAUAAUUCAGGAAAAUACAAAAGCUAAAUGUAAGAUCCCUGAGUGGCCCCAAAAAUCGUUUAUGAUACAGGGUAGGGAACUCACCCCAGAUUGUUGACCUUUUAUCUUUGGUUUUAUACCCCAAUACACGUUCAUUCUCAUAUUCAUUCAUUCUCUCUCUCUCUCUUUCUCUCUCUCUCUCUCUCUCUCUCUCUCUCUCUCACACACACACACACACACACACACACACACACACACACACAGGAUCAAUGCCUUCUCAAUAUUUUCUUUAUAUUUUGGGGAGGAAAAGUAAUGUUUCAAGAAAUGCUUCUUUCACUCAGAAGCAUUCAAGCUGAAGCAGAGUUGAGAUCAAGCUUGGAACCUGCAGGAAGAAGCACUAGGGACUAGGCCAUUGAGUCACACUUUCCUUCCAUUUUAUUCACUCCAGUUAAUAACCAUCCCAUGACCAAAUCUUGCAGAAAUACAAUCACUCUCAAUUUUUGAAGGGCUAAUUAUCUACUUUGUGCACUUCUUUUAUAUUUUCUUUUCAACUAUUAGGACUUGCGGCUCGAGUAUUUUUUUUUUUUUAAACAUGCCACCCUGAGGGUGGAAAAAAAUAAUUGGAAAUUAAGUUAAAAUUAGUUCUAUUUUGCUCUUUGUUAAGUAUUCAUUUAUUGAUGGGAGUUUGAAAUCAUUUGUAAAGAUUAAUGUCAGAGCAUUAUAUAGCAUUGAUUUGUUUUUAUUACCCAUGGUGUCCCUUUCCCAUCCACCACAAAUAAUUGAGAGUUGACUGUAUUCUUGCAAAACAUAACAAAACAUACAUACACACACACACACACACACAAAAAAAAAAAAAAAAAAAAAAAAAAAAAAAAAAAAAAAAAAAAAAAAAAAAACACCAAAAACUGUAGCCAAGAAUUUGACUUCCCUCAAAAGAAAGCUGUUUCAGUUUCCUUCACCUUUAAAACUUGAACCAGUAGAAAAGGUCAACUCAAAAUUCAGUUAUGAAAAUAUAAUCGUUCUUAGUUAAAUACACACUUAUCCCUCUCUUAAAUCUUCUAUACACAAAACAAAAUCAUUCUUUUGUGUGUAUUUUUUUUGUUUGUUUUCCCUUUACAUUACUGUGUUAAGGCUGAAUGACCUUGACAUUCCAGUGGAUUUAUUUAAAUAAUCAUUUCAAAUUUAAAUAGUGUCCAAAGUGUAACUUUACUGUUACACUUUGUAUUUUAGGCCCUCUGGUCUUAGAUUAUUAAGAAAGAUGCUCUGUCCUCCCUCAGUGUCAUUCCCUCAUCUAUAAAAAAGGAGUAUUCCAUACUUUUCAGGAACUGUAAAUACUUUUUCAAAGAGACACUUGAAAAAGUUUUCUCCAUUCUGGAAAUCAAUGCUUUCAUUUCCUUAAAAAGAAGAAUUGGAAUAGUAAUUCAAAAAUAUAUAGGUGAAAGUGUUCUUGCUAUGAAAUAUUCAGUUUCUUU